UCAACACUGGAGGCAGAAAUAUAAAUAAAAAUUGUAAAUAUAUUUAACAAGUUAAGAAAGGACCUUGAUUUUACAUACCUACUUCUCCUUGUUUCAUUUGAAGACAACUUAAUUUCUCUGGGGAUUAACUUGAUUCUUCCGUUUGAAACAUCCAUUAAUUACAAUUUUGUAUGAAAUAAUUAAGAGGAGAGCAAAAACUAUAAGACAUAGUAAGAUUGUUAUUCCCAAAUUACUAACGCUAGCAGUCUCAGGAGGGCUGAACAUAGGUCCAAAGAUGCUUGUAUAAUAAAUUUUACGGGCACUUGUAGAAAGAAACCAUUCUGUGCAAGAAUGAUUUAAGAAGGAGAUUUCCUUGCAUUUGAAAUCAGCCAGACAAUUAUUUCGCUUUCCGAUUAUGUCUUCUUGGAUGAUAAAGUCUGAUAAGGUUAGUUCGGUAAAGUUGAGAUACUUAGCUAGAAACGACUCUACUAAUCCAUUUACACCAUACUCGAUUGUGCUCCUGGUAAAUAUGAGAGCUCCUUCAUUCCUGCUGAAUUCGUCAAUAUUCUUGCAACCCCAAAUGAUUAUAUAUUCCAUUGGAGCUGGCACAAAUGAAUAUCUUCUCUCCAAGAAAAAUACUGUAUACCAAUUGGUCCAUUUUGUGUCAUUCUGACAAUUGAAGUAGGUAAAUUGUGCACUUGAUGUUAAAUUUCUAUCAAGGAUGUACCAAGAACGUUCCAUAGAAUUAAUAUCUGUUGAACUUAAACAAUACCUCAGCAAAAUCCGGGUACAAAAAUUGGACGUGUGAACCAUUCCUAGAUUCUUGCAACCAACGGUAUCCUCUUUUCGAUGAAGAAUCCAACAAUUUGUUUGCUUGAACAAAGACGUUCCAUCCUGUAAUUCUGGAACAAGAGCUACAAUGAACCAAUCCAUGAAGAAUUGAUCUGCCUUCAAAUAGUAGUUUUUAUUAUGCUCUUGAGGAACAGGGCAUUGUCCUGGGAAUACUUUAUGAAGAGUUUCGUGAAAGUGUGCAAAAAUAAGUAAAGAUAGGACAACAUAAGAACUAUUCAAAUGCAUCUUACACCUUUUGAAAACUCUAUAUGGAAAAUAAUACACAGACCAAUGUUAUAUACCGGAACUAUUGAGACGUUUAAUUUCCAAUCCAUUACAAUAAUUCCACAUACAUAAAAUUGUGCAAUAAGCAUAAUAUAAUACGGUGUAAAAACAUGCAUAAAUAGGUUAAUCGAACAGAGCAAAUAUAUAAAAAAAAACCACUCAGCAGAAUUAAAUUUAAAUGCCACUUCAUUGAAUAUUGCACCAAAUUCAUCCAACAAAGUUACUUUAGCUUGACAUAGGUGGUCAGUUCAAUUACAGCAUUGAUUCUUAUCGCAUCAAUUAAUUCUAAUGAAUAAAAAUAUGAUGAAGUGUUCAUUUAUCAUACUUCUGGCUAUUCACCAAGCCUUUACUCUAAGCACGGAUAAAAAAAAUGAAAUACCAAAUUACAUUCGUGUGUGCAAUAGGAAUCUCUCACCGGAAUACUUGAAUGAAUGCGUCCGGCGUUCAAUUCUUAUGCUAAAGCCAAGACUCAGCCGUGGAAUUCCACAAUUGUCUCUACCACCAUUCAAUCCACUUCAUCUGCCCAAAGUGUCCUUUUCGCAAGAUCAAGGGCCUAUCAACCUCAAUUCCACCUACACCAACAUCAAAAUCUACGGACUAUCGGACUUUAAGUUGCAGAGUGUAAAAAUUGACCUUAAGAAGAACUACUUUCAACUGCAGAUGAUGUUUCCAGAACUCUAUAUGACGGCAGAUUACCUAAUUUCUGGACAUAUCCUCAUGCUACCACUUCAGGGACAAGGAUUAAGCUACGGAAACUAUACUGAGGUUGAAACAACUGCAACUCUUCAUUGUGAGAGGAUCAUGGGAAAGGACAAAAAGGAGCACUUUAGGAUACAGGACCUCUCUGUAGACUUUACAAUCGGUGAUGCUGAAUGGACAUUCGAUGGAGACAAUGAGCUGUGCACGGUUAUGAACAAGUUCAUUAAUGACAAUUGGAGGCUCAUUAUAGGUGAAAUGCGUCCAGCUAUUCAGGGUGCCAUGGCGAAGAUCAUUGGAAAGAUUACGGGAAAGAUCUUCGAACUGUACAGUAUUGACAAGCUCCUGCCAGACAAACCGUACAAGGCAUUCGCAGCUGAGCUGUGCAUCGAGUUAGACGAUCUUGUGCGCUCUCAAAUACAAUCCAAAUGCACUGUGAAGUCCAACGAGGACAGUUCCACAAAUAUGCAAUUUAUCUUAGCUGUAGCAUCCUUGGUUGUGCUUCUGGUAAAUGGAGGAGUUCUCGGGAGCGAUGUUCCGCAAUUAAAAGAGAAACCUGAUUGGCUACUCACCUGCCCCAGAGAGAAUCCCAACCAAGACGGCUGCUUCAAGAAAAUGUUUGAGGGAAUGUUCAAAUCAUUGGCUAAAGGCUUACCUGAAGUCGGCAUUGAACCAUUUGAACCACUCAAGAUUCAAAAUGUACAAAUUUCCAAGGGAAUGGGCAGUUUAACACUAGCUGGAGGAUUUCAGAAUCUUUUAGUUCGUGGACCAUCAAACGCCACAGUUCGUCGAGCUUUGCUCAAUUUUGCUGAUAAGACGCUCGAUUUCGAUUUAGAGUUACCACUUCUACGGAUAAAUGCUACUUAUAACCUCAAGGGAAAUGUCUUGCUCCUACCUCUUGUGGGAAAUGGAGAUGUGAAGAUGGCUCUCAAAGAUGUGAAAUCCAAUGUUGCCACAAAAUUCAGCAUCAAAAAGUUACCAGAGGAAGUUAUACAAAUAGACGAAAUGAAAGUGCAAUUUUUGGUGGGCGGCAUGAAGAUUCAUCUGGAUAAUCUGUUCAAUGGCAAUCAAAUUUUGGGUGCAUCCCUCAAUUUAUUUCUCAAUCAAAAUGCCAACGAAAUUAUUGCUGAAUUGAGAAGUGAUCUUGAGAAUGGACUUGCAAAAAUAUUUAUUAAUCUGUGGAAUAAUGUAUUCUCCAGGAUGCCAAUUAAAUUGUGGUUGAUAUAGUGUAAUUACCAUAAUAGUUCUAGGAUUUUUUGUACCUUAUAUCAGCAUUACUGGAAGACAAAUUGUGCUUAGCAAAAUCCUCCUGCAGGCAAGAAAUUUAACCCUGACAAUUUAUUGUUCUUUUACCUGAUUAAUCUAUCAUUUGUGAUUAUUUCUGCUAAAUACCAUUUUUUGCAAUUAGUUAAAUAAAUUGGGGGGAUUUUUCGUAUUUAAUUCUGAAGAAAAACAAAUCCACUUGAUUGUAAGUCUCGAUAAAUAAAACCUAUUUAGAAAAAAAUGUACAGU